AUGAUUAAAGAGGGGAAGAUGAAGGGUGUAAGAGAAAAUGAAAGGUUUCCAGAUGAAAUAUCUCGUUCAACAUCACAUAGUAAUAGUUUUUAUCAUAAUGCUGCUGGUUUACCGUAUCCUAGUGUGAGUGCUUGUUCUAAUCUAUAUUCUUAUACAAAUGGGUAUUGUAUUCCAGAUGUUGGUUCAUCAAACGUGGGCCCACUUGAUCAUUCCAGGUAUCCCAUACCAAAAUCCCAUAUGUUAGAUCAAACAUAUGCGGGUUCUAAUUUACCAGAUUCUUACUAUAGUAGAAUGGAUGAAAAUGCUCUAGUCAGAGGGUUUAAGAAGAUGAGUAUGGCUGAUGUUUCUUCUGGUAUUGGACAAUCUCAUGAAAACCCAGAUGUUUUUAGGAUGAAUGAUUGUAAUGUGGGUGAAUUUGCUAUCGCUGACAAUUUUGGGGGUUUUGGGUUUUCAUCCCCUGUGUGUAGAGAUACAAGGAAUGGCACUGUCAAGGAUGAGAGAAACUAUGGAUUGGGUCAAAAAAUGGCUAAUCAAGGGUGUAAUCCUUCUUUUUUUGUUCUUGAUCAUCAGAACUCUAUGCUCAAAUAUCCUUUAAAAGGAACAACCCGUCAAAGAGAUGAGUAUCAUGGUGAUUCAUUUGGGUAUAAUCCUCCUCCUUUUUUUAUGCAAAAUCAUCAGAACUCUCUGUUCAAUUUUCCUGUACGAAGGACAACCCAUCAAGGAGAGGAUUACAAUGGGAAUGAUCGAAUUCCAGUGCAUGAUGAAGUUGAUUUUAUGGGUUUCUUUUUGAGGGACUCACUGAAUCCUUGUACCAUGGAUCCCUGCAAGGUUUUCUGGAAUCCCGGGGCAGAUUCUCAGAACAUGUUCAUGUACAGGACUCCUUAUAAUGAAGCUGUUGGUCUGAAUUCUCAGCAGGCUAUAAGUAGGAGAAAUGCAGUCUGUAAUCCAAAGAGGGGGAAAAUGAGAGCUGUUGCACAUAAGAGAUUGAAUGGUGCAAUUAGAAAUGGUUAUCAGUUAAGCAAUCGAAACGCGCUGCAAAGGCGUAGCCUAAGGGAUGAUGUGCUUGUUUUGGCUAGAGAUCAGGAAGGUUCUCAGUAUCUGCAGGAUUUGUAUGAAAUAGGAUCAUUAGAGGAAAGGCAACUCAUCUUCGAUGAUGUUUUUGACCAAAUUAUUGAGCUGAUGAUGGAUACCUUUGCAAAUUAUCUUAUCCAGAAAGUGUUGUGUUUUUGCACUGAAGAACAGAGAAUUAUGAUUGUAAAGGAGGCGACUAAAGAGCGUGGACUACUUCUUAGAAUAGCCAUGAAUUCACAUGGGACACGAGUGGUGCAGACAAUGGUGGAGUGUAUUAAAACAAGGGCGGAGAUUUCGCUGGUUGUGCGUUCGCUUGAACCUGGAUUUCUUGAUCUUAUGAAAGAUUCCAAUGGCAAUCAUGUCGGCCAGCGCUGCUUCGAAAAGCUUAGUAGUGAAGAUAAUAAGGUCUUCUCUGUUAUUGCUCUCAAUCACUGUAUUGAGAUUGCAACCCAUCGGUUUGGUUGUGUUGUCUUUCAACGUUGCCUUUCUUAUUCCAAUAAGGAAAUGCAGCAGAGGCUGAUAGAAAUAAUUUGUGACAAUGCUCUUGUGCUUGCUCGAGAUCCUUUCGGAAAUUAUGCUGUUCAGUACAUCAUGGUGGAAAAGCUUCUUAAAGUGCCAGCAGAUCUGCUGAAUCACUUUCAUGGGAAAUAUGUGAAUCUGUCCACUCAGAAAUUCAGCAGCCAUGUUGUAGAAAAAUGCUUGCUUUUUGUUCCUGAAAGCCAUCAAAGAAUUGUGUAUGAAUGGCUCUCAGUUCCUCGUUUUGAGCAAAUUUUGCAGGAUCCAUAUGCAAACUUUGUCAUUCAGAAAGCACUUGAAUCCAUCCAGGGUUCCCUUUACCGGUCGCUAGUUACAGCUAUUCGUCCUCACCAAGCAAGACUACGUUACAAUCCAUAUUGCAGGAAUAUAUUCAGCAAAGGAUUGCUAAACAAGUAUUGAUUAUGUUUUUUUUGUUGUUUGUUUUUGCAGUUUAGAUUGUUGUUGU